CGCAAAACCAGAACCACCACCUCAUUCUUCAUCCUACUGCGGUGGGCCUCUCCUACGUUUCCGAUUCCCCUUUCUUCAUCCUCAUUCAUGGUGCUCGACUGCUCGUAGACGUUGGUGUUUCCGCAAUUUUCGAUCCCCGAAAAAGGAAAGAAAGAGAAUGAAAAGAUAGUUUAUAGUAUCGGUAAAUUAUGGCGGAAGAAGCUAUAGUUGAAUUGGUGCCGGAAACCCUAGAAACUCCACAUCCAUCGGCAGCUUCUCCGACCGAUUCGCCAACCGCGGUCGUUUCCGAUCCCUCGCUCUUGCGAAAUGCAUCAUUCAGUAAACUCAACGCGCGAGCUCCCCAGUUCGUUCCUAGUAAGCAACCGCCUCCUCCUGCUUCUAUGUCUCCUCCGCUUCCGUCGAGGCUGGCUGUGAUGCCACCGCCUCCUGGUGCAGCUAUGAUACAUAUGUACUCAACCGUCCCCACAGCUGCCUACGGCUGGUCCGGCUUCACCUUACCACGUCUCGAUUCACAGUCCAGUGUCGGUUGCUCACGUGAUUCCGGUCCAGAAUCAUGAUCCGCAUCACAAUCAGCUACAUCACCAACGCCACCAUCAACAGUCGCCGCCGCAGCAGCACGUUGCAGUGCGGAAUCACAACAAUCAUCACCACCACCAUCACCAGCAGUUGCAUUGAUGGCGGAAAUAUUGCUUCUCUUUAGUGCUUAGGUUAUUCUCAUGGCUAAUGGAUGUAAGCGUUGUGGAUUUCCGGUUUUUUUUUAAUAGUUAGAAAUGUGUUGGAAAUUUUAAAUUAUUUUUUAAUUGCCAUGUCACACAUUUAACGGUCAACUUUUAGAGUUGACUGCCGCGUAAGUAAAAGUUAACGGAGUUGGACGGAGAGUGACCAAACGUGAACGGUUUCAGUAAACUGAAGUACCACCAAUGGAUUUAAAUAUUUUCAGUGACCAAACUUGAACGUUUUUUGUAAUCACAGUGACCAACCAUGCAAUUAACCCUUAAAAUUUUGAAGGACACAAAAGAAGAAGUUAAAAUUUGCAAAAAUAUUUCAAUUAAUAAAAAAAAGUGAAGAGCUUUCUUUUUCUCACCCUUCUCGUACGUUGUUAUAUGAUAAUAGAGAAUAUCGCGAUCUAGAUCCCACAAAUAUCGUGCAAUAUCAGUUACUCGUGUAAUUUUGGAAGAAUGAGAAACCACAUUGGCAUCCACAUCAUCAAUCUUCCGCUUCUUCGUUUAACCCCCUGCUACAUACUAUUUACUUGAUCAGAUCAUCGUCAUAUAGCUAGCUAGUAACAUGUCACUCAUGAACAUAAUAAACAUAAUGAACAAUUCUCACAACUCUACUUUCCAUUUUAACAUCCAAGGCAUCGAGUUGCAAUAGGCCUCCAAGGAAAAUGAUCAAUUAUUCAACCAAAGGAGAGAUGCUCCAAGUCCAAGCAACAAACCCUUUGAACUAUAUGUUACAGGUUUACAUCAAAGUAUACAGGAUAACUGAGAACCAUAAAACAACUACCAAAAUAACGAAGAAGAAAUACAACCAUUGAAUCGAAAAGGGAAAUUUACUAUCCAGCCGCCGUAAUCUGGAAGAAAUUAAGAAAAGAAUGGGAAGAGGACUAUAACUCAGCCAGUCAACCGCUAGCAGUCAGAUAUCUCCGAUGAAGUAAGAUCAAUUGCCCGCUGCGGAUCAAAAGGGAAGAGAGAGAAAUGAUAGGUUGGACUUUUCUUCGUCAAUAGGAAAAAAUAUGUUAGAGUUGUUCAAUUCUUUCCCAACAAAUCAUUGCAUCAUGUAACUCCCGCAUCCUAUUCUCCUACAAAGAGAAAAAAAAAACUCAAUAUGCCUUACCAUUUCCUUUCCUAUAUCUAUAUACAAAAAAGUAGAGAAGACAAAUUCUAGAAACUCAAAAUUUAAGCAAAUAAGAAGAGAGCUUUUUUUUGUGGGGCUUGAUCUAGUUUCUUUAUUAUCAAUGUUGUGUUUUAUUUUCAAUGUUGUAUGGGAAAAGGAAUUGGAACAAACCAGAAUGUUACAUUCAUUUUUAUUAACUUAAUUUACUUUUUAUUGAUAAUGAUGACAAUUUAAAGAGUAAGCAAAAAAGCACACCAAUUAGACCUUGUCCAGCGUCGAAGGGUGAGAGCUAGCCAUGUACCGAUGUAGUUUUAGAUUCCAACAAUAUUAAGUAAUGAUUAUUUAUGAUUUCUUGGAAUUUUUUUUAUAAAAUGUAAUAACUCGUAGAAACAUGGUGACAUUUUACAUACAUUUGAAUUCUUGAAUGUAUUGUAGACAUAUCUAUUAAUAUAUAAGAAUAUGUAUAACUAUUUUAUUUUAAUUUUUAACCCUGAUUAAUACCUUUGAACUCGGCUCAUCGACUGAAAUAUGAAAACGAAACUUUGUGGCUAGGAUAACUCGAUCUAAAUACAAAUUACUUACUGUU